CCCACCACUUCAGCGAGGCCCAAAACCAAUCAAAAGGCGACGAUGAAAAGGCUCUAUCAGAUAAUUUGCGCCUCCCUUCUUGUUGCUCUCCGAGCGUCGGCGUAUUGCACCUGCAGAACCCUGCCUUCAACUGCAGUUGGUGCCUCGAGACCUCAACAACAGUGUUCGCCUCCCAUCACCAAAACUGAGCUUCGUGUCGGUCGGCCGAACCCCCUCUUUGGUCGCUCAAAGGAGGGAGAGACAGGCGGCGGAGACUCCCACCACAAGAUGGGGGAAAAUUCGCGCAUCCGCCUCAUACGAAAGGAAGACCUCCCGGCUCUCAAGUCCAUCAUCGACGGGACCGAUCUAUUUCCUUCGGCGAUGCUAGACGACAUGACCGACGGUUUCCUCAACAAUGAUGCAGAGGAGGUUUGGCUAGCUCGUCUAGGAGGAGACGGCACCCCGGUUGGUUUGGUCUACGCCAAACCGGAACUGAUGACAGAAGGAACUUGGAACGCUUUGCUCCUGGCGGUUCGUCCCGACGUUCAGAGAUCUGGAUUCGGCCGCGAGCUCAUGGCGGGUUUGGAGAGCAUGCUGAAGGGGCGCGGCCACCGGCUGCUGAUCGUUGAAACGUCUGGAAAUGAAGACUACGCAGGGGCGCGAUCCUUGUAUGAAGGCGUUGGUUUUGAGGAGGAAGGUCGCAUUCGAGACUUUUAUCAACCCGGCGAGGAUAAGGUCAUCUAUCGAAAGCAAAUACUGUAGAGGGUAGUGUACCAACAAAGGGAGGUGAUGGGCGCGGAAGAAAAUAAUACGUAACGCAGAGUGGGUUCAUUGCAAGGUGUUCACAGGCGCCCGCUGGAGGAGUUGCAUUGAAAGGCGAUGUUGCACUUUGGUUAGUUCCGCCGUUCACCGGUGAUAUUGCAAUUCAUUCUAGAGAGAUUUUUGUGGUGACAAUUUGGAGUUGUACGUGGACACUGACAACCCAAGGUGUCACGGAUCUGUACACUCACUUCACCAGAUAGAUAUUGCUGGCAAUUAUUUUUCUGAAACGGUCAUCAAAUUUCGCAGAUUAUCGCAGGCAACAUUCAUUGAAGCGGAUUGUCAUGGAAAUGCCUACGCAUCUCCCCUCUUCGUCAAUGUUCAGUACUACUGCUUAUGCAGACGAGUGACGCAUGUGUUAUCUAUGUGUCGGUUGGAACGUAACGUAUGCGGAGGAACUAAAAGUUGUACGUAGCCUGUCUUUCGUUCUGUCAUUCGGUUCUCGACCUCACUCUUUGGGAUCUCUCUCUGAUCUAUCGCGCUAUCUGGGUACAUUAGCUGUUCUUGCCGUACCUUGGAUGCUGCUGGCAUACUGCCUGGACUACAACCAACCGUCUGCCUGGUGUAUUUCGCUGUCUUGGCAACCGAAGCGCCGUGUUUACAACAUCUCUCCAUCUUCUGCACUGAAAUAUUGUUGUACUUCCGCUGCUACAAGCUCCACGAGCUAUCAAAUCGACUAGCGUCGGUGGGCGUCAGCUUCUGCUGCUACGUCCUGGGGUCCAUACAUCAUCCCCAUGAUACAAAGGAGGGUAAAAUGACAGGGAAUCCGUCUCCGUCGAGCUGUGACGUGUGCUAUCUUGCGUGUCACUUGUUUUUCUCGGUAAGAAGAGAUUUUCGCCGCCUUCCGUGUAAGCGAACCAUCUUGCAACGACCUAUUGCAUGGAGCGACCAUUUUUCGGGGUGCAUCUUGAUGAGAAUCAAGUUAUUUGUAGGGCCGCGACCUCAUGGCGUGCAAUGUUU